AUGAGCCAAUUCGAUUUUAAAAUACUAGCUCCCUCAUUAAAGGGUAAUACAGACGGUGCACAUGUGGUGUAUUCGUAUUCUUGUCGUUUGUUCACAUACCUUUCGGACUUGAAGAUCCAAGAUGAUGAUGAUGUCAACAAAAAGACAUUUGAUGAAAUAUUAGCACAAUUAAACAAUUUGGUGGAUUUCUAUAAUAACAAUGAAAACUUACAGUUAUCAGCAGAUCACUUGUCUGUCAAUUUGGAUAAAAUGAUUGCCAAGAAUUAUAUUUUAACCUUCAGUUUACUUAAAAAUAUCAAUAAUAGUUCAUUAUUUGAUACCGCCAAUAAAUUCAUCACUUUUGUCAUGGCCAACGAUAAGAAAAAUAAUUUGUUCACCACUGCAGCAAAUGAGACACUGAUCAAAAAACAGAUACUAUCAUUGAUCAUCUUGGAACAAUUAUUUGAGAUUUACGGAUAUGAGUUGCCUUCAUUGGCCCCAAUUCUAAUACAGUAUUGUUAUAAAUCAAUUAAGGUCAUAUUGUCCAGUUCUAAGACUGCUUUUAGCUGUUAUUCAAGUUUGCUCCAGUUAUCUAACCUUCUUUCUAAGGUGUUGAGAAAUAAUGGUGACACAACCAUUGAUAGCUCAAACCACGGGAAAAUAUUGAAGGUCACGAAACAAUUGAUAAAGUACUUAGUUGAUGUUAAAGAUGUCAAGAAUUUCAACUCAACCAACGGAAUUAAUUUGCCAAUUAUUGCCAUUGGCGAUGCCUUUGAUAUCUUGGGUCAUUUGAUCAAUUCGGAGAAAAAAUAUUCGACAAUUAAUACCAAAACCCAUAAGGACAAAAAUAUUUUUGUUAACCAAUUUUCCAAAGAAUACAACAAUUAUGUGGUUAUGGGAUUUAUUAGCAACCUCAAACCAAUCAGACACGCAGCAACCAAAUUCGUGGCCGAGCUACUAAAUAAAAACUUGGCGAGGGGCAACAUUCCAAAUUUGGCGAAUGUAUUGGCCUAUUAUAAUUCUCUUUACUUGUCCACAGAUGAUAUCACCGUUAGAACCUCGGUGUUUGUGUCAUUAAUCCAUUUUACAUCUUUAAAUGAUGUGUCGAACAAAUCGUUCUUAUUUGACAGUUUCUUUCAAUAUUUGGAUAGCUUCAAAGAAUUGAUGUGUUCUCAUAUGCUCUAUUUGCAAACCUUCAACAACGAUAAGACUUAUUCACAGAUUUAUUGGUUUUACGAAAAUUUUUAUUUGAAAUCAUUGGGUCAAUUCAAUAAAAGCAUAAUACUUCAAAAAAUAAUUGAUAGUGAAUAUUUAAAUAAUGAACCCUUGUUAAUGAAUAGUCCGAAUUUUGUUCAAGUGUUGUUGAAAUUAUUGGAAUUUUUAAUCAAAGAUUUGGGGCCAACAAUGACGGCAUAUCAAGAACAACUAAAGAUGAUCUUGUUAAAAUUAAUUUGUGAUAGGAAUUUCUUGGUGAGAAUUCAAGCCAUCAACACUUUUGUUUAUUAUUGUCAAUAUUUCCCCAAUCAAGUCCAAUCAAUCUUGAAUCAUUGUUUGAUCGAGGUUCAAAAUGUUUUUAGAAAGGUCACACAGGUCAAUAGUGGCACCCAAAAACAGGAAUCAGAAGUUCAAGUGGAAACUUCACACUUUGUGAUUGACUUUGGGAAAAUCCACGGAUAUGCGAAUUGUAUUGCCUCCUUAAUCAGGAUAAUCAACAAAGAUUAUGUUUCUCAGGAUGUUGUUGCUAGAACUUUGACAUUUGCCUCUUCCCAGCUAAAGAGUGUUUCAACCAUCACAUCCUCUAAUUUAUUGGGUAACAAUAAGGGUAGCGUGGAAAAAUCUAUUACCGAGAUCCAAUUGUCUUUCAACAAAAGGAUGAUUAGUUGGAUAUUACUUACUGGAUUAAUGAAUUAUGAUGAGAGUUUCAUAAGAAUCCACAUUUCUCAGUUUUUCAUUUUUUGGAAAAAUUUAUUGACCCAUAAUUAUCAAUCAACUUUAAGCUCCACUAGUGCUCAUGAUUAUAAGAUGGUCAAGGCCAGAAUGGAUGAAAUUUUCAGAAAUUUGGAAAUCAGAAAUUAUUCUUUGACUUGCUUAUUGAAUUUUUUGAGCAAUAUUACCAUUACCCCAGAAAUUGCUAAACAAUCAUCUUAUCUUUUAUCCAAGUGCUUGUCAUACAUCAAUUCAUUGGAAGCCAAUUUGAGUAGCUUGAGUGGUAAAGAAAGAGAAGAGUCUUACAAUUCCGAAAAGGAAAAAGUUAUUCUUUUACACAAAAAGAGGGUUUUACAAUGUUAUGUCAAAUUAUCAAGUUAUAUUAAGAAUGAUUUGAACUCGUCAAUCUUGAUUUUUGCGUUGAAGAACUUUUCAGACCCAGAAGUUUUCCACGAAGAAUUACAUUCCAUGAUCAGCGUUGCCCUUAAGGACAAGGAGAGAGACAAAGAAAAAGAAUUAAAGAUCCACAGAAGUCAUGUUGCAAAUGAUAAAUCAGAAGCUCCUUUAAGCGAAGAUUUAAAUAAUAAUGAUUUGUAUUUGGUGAACGAUGGCUUAACAUAUGGGUUGACCAGUAAAUUGAACAACGGCUUUAUUUCUGAACUAUCAGUUAAAUUCUCCAAAGCGGAUAGACCUUCUGGACAUUCUCAAGAAUCUAUUGACAUAGACAGCAUGAAAGCGCCCCCUGGUGCUAUUCAAUCUAAGGAAUCUAAGAGCCACUAUGUGACAAUUGGUUGGGUUGAUAAGUUUGAAGAAAAAUUGUUGCUAAACCCAUUCACCGCCUCUAUCAGCAACGAUUAUUUACUCAAAAUUUAUGAUGAAAGUUAUUCGAAUACUGAAGAAUUUAGUUAUGGUUUGGAUACUUCAAUUAUUGACUUAUCUAUUGAAAUUUUUUCGCUAAUAUUUCCAUACUUGUCUUCGAAGAUUCAACAGUCUUUGUUAGAGCAAAUGAGAGGGAAUUUAUUGAGAAAGAAAACUUCGAGAAUGAGAAUGAAAUCCAUAAACAUCAACUCGUCUAUUGCUCUUCAUGGUGUUUUAUCGAUUUGCCAAAAGCAUAAUGUCCAAUUUGAGCCUAAUGUUGUGGCUACCAUGAUGGAGACUUUGAAAGUCAUUGACUUGAAGGAGCCUUUUAUUUUUGAGAUUAAUGCCAACUCUAUUGCUUUGCUAUCAUCACAGUUCCCAGACUCUCAAGAAAGAGUUGAGAUUCAUAUCACAGAUAUAGUCAGUAACAAUAAUCCUUACACAAGAUCCGCAGAUGCUUUGAUCAUUGCUAAUCUUUAUAAACUCCGUCAACUGCAGUUCAAUUCAAUUUUGGAAGUGCUUUUAUCUUUAAUCGCCGACCCUCACCCAGUGGUUAAUUAUUGGAGUUUAUAUUCAUUAAUAACUUUGGUCGAUUCCCACUUAUCAGCCAGUCCAAGUCUAUGCUCCCAAAUAUUAGAGAGUUUGGAGAAGAUCGUCCUCAAUGACGAUUACACCAUCUAUAAAUCAUCAAAUUUGACUUCCAAUUUUAGCUUGUUUUAUAGAUCCAAGUAUGUGAUCGCCAGACUACUUAGAUCAAUAAUUAUUGCCUUGGGUCCAAAUAUCAGGGAGAUCAAACCAAGAUCUAGGGAUAUAUUAUCCAACUUAUUGAUUAGUUCUUUGUUUAUUGAUAAUGACCCGAUAAUUUUGCGAGAAACCUUGAAAUCAAUUCAAAAUUUGAUGGUUUUUGACAAAUCAAUGUUUUCCCUCAAGUUAUAUGUCAAAGUAUUGAAUUAUUUGCUAAAGAAUUCUCUAAAGACUUGCUUGGGAAAUAAAGACCAACCAUUGCCAAUUCUCAAUGAGACCAACGAAAUUUUCACUUUCACAUCAGGUACCUGUUUAUUGAACACCAUUUUGAAUUGUUAUUCUCAAUUAAUUAAAAUUUUCCCGGUGGAUGAAGUUUUGAAUAAAGAUAUCAAACAAUUCUUGUGGCUUUGUGUGGAUGCCAAUCCAGAUUCUGCUGAUCUAAAAUUCUUGAUCAAAUAUUGGUUUGAAUCAUCGGUAGACAUCAGAUGGUUUUCAAUUUUAAAUACUUUGUACAAGGUUUACAGAACCAAGUUGUAUGAUGAAUUGUACAAUGGUUACAAAUCUAUCUUGACCAAACAUGAUAAAAAGGAAGUUAAGGUUGAACUACAAGAUGAGGAAAUCGAAUCCAUGGCGAAAGGCGCAGAAGAUAACGUCGAAUCUCCAAAUGAUAAUGGUAAUAGAGGCAACGCAGACGAUGAUAACGUUGGUUCUGAUGCUGAAGAACCAUCAAGCCAUAAAUUCAAAUUAUUCGUUCUUGAAUUGAUCCAGUUGCUAUUGUUGAGUACAAGAGAGAACCAGAAACUAUAUUUGCAAUUUCAACCAAGGAUUCAGGAUUUGGUCAAAGUUGCAUUUAGUGGGUGUACGUCAACUAUUAUGUCAUUGAGAUUGAUUGGGGUUGAUAUUUUAGGCGACAUCAUCACAAUCUAUGGCGAUGCCAAGGAUCCUUUAUAUGAUUCAGUGUCUUUGUUGGAACAACAACAAGCACAAAUCACUGCGGCGUUGACCCCAGCAUUUACUAGCGAGAGCUCCACCGAACUUGCUAGCGAAGCAAUUAAUGUAUGUGCUAAGUUUGUCGGCUCAAAUAUUGUUCCCGUUGAUAAAUGUGGCAGAAUUCUUAGGAUUUUAAUCAAGUCAUUGGAAGAAUUCUCAUCACAAGGGGAGCCAAAGAUUGGCGACAUUGAAAUAUCAACUAUUAGAGGAAAGAGAAGAAUCAAGCUAUCAGUCUUGAAUGCUUGGGCGGAAUUGAAGAUUUACUCUCAAAAUCAACAGAGCUCUGCAGAAAACCAGGAAAACUCAGAGCAAAUUGGUGCGCUAGUAGACAAGUAUUUAGAAAUUUUGGUUCCAAUGUGGAUUUUGUCCUUAAGAGAAUACGCCAAUUUGAAAUACAGUGGGGAUCUUGAUGGAUCUGGGGACAAGAAAGCGGAAUUGUUAUUGUACGAAGCCUGUUGGAUUAAUUUUGUUGAUGUUAUUGGUUGUAUUAUUGAAGAGCAAGAACAGUUGAUAUUUUCAUUACUUGAAAAUGAUGCUGGCAAUUUCUUCUUUGUAUUAUACGCUCAAUGCAUUGAAGUUUUGAUCAAGCCUUCUUCAUUGUCUCAUUCAGCGUCAUUGUUUACUAGUAAAGCCAAAAAUAACUUCAGAGUCUUGUCAGCGUUAAACAAGCUAUUACACUCCAGGAUUUCCUCUGAUAUUAUUUUCCAGGAUCAAGUUUUCAGUGAAACCAUUGACUUGUUUGAUAGAUUGAUCAUUGUGAGCGAAGACGAAGAGAAAUCGGUUAUCAUAGAUAUUAUUUCUGGGUUAUUUUUGAAUUACUUUAACUUGAAAAACAAUGUCCAAGAUUUCACUGAUAAUAUUGACAAGUUGUUCGAGUUACUCCGCGUCAUCAUGAUUGCUGUGACCAAUAUAAUUCCAUUCGUUGGUGAUGAUUACGUUAGCCAAGCACCACACACAUCAAGUGGUGCCGCCCAGUUGACGGACAUUCAGCAGACAAUUUUGAAGAAAUCCUUUAGCGCUUUGGUAGUCAUGAUUGAAAGAUUCCCUAUCGUUAUGAAAGUUGAUUUGAUUGCUUGUCUUUUAUAUAUCAUGUCAUUGGUUUACUUGAACAGUGACUACAGGAAUGUGUUGGUUCCAAUAAUUUUGUCUAAUUUAAAGAGUAUCAUCACGAUCUUAUAUAAUAACUCCAACAAGGAUCUCAUCAAUCACUUCUAUCAAAUGAUCAGACCAACAUUUGUGAAAAAUAACAACAAUUCUGUGCUAACCUUAAUGGUUCUUGUGACUUCUGUUGGUGAUUCGAUCAAUUUUGAACCAGAAGACAUUGAUCUUUUAGUUGAUAGUUUGACACACUCAUUGUUGAACAUAUCAACUUUACAAGUUGCUAUCCAAUCGAUUAAAAGUCUCAUUUUGUACGCUACUAAGAAUAAUAGCGCUACUGGCGUUGCCAUCACAAAAAAAUUGAUCCCAUUGUUGGUCGAAUUUUUAAUUGAAAAGCAUGAUGAAAUCGAAGAUCCAAGAUUGAUUAUCGAAAUGAUUGUCUUAUACUCCAAGCAAUUUUCCGACGAACGUGAGUUGGUGCCAAUAUUUACCAUCAUCAUUACCUUAAUUUGCUGGUACGAUGAUAAAUUGGGUAAUGAUUUCACUUCGGGUCAAUUCCGUCAAUACCUACACACCAAAUUGAUGAAUUUGCUCAUGUCGAACUCGACGAGUUUCAAAAUUGUUGUCAAUGACGUAUUGUCUGCUGAUCAAAAAGUCAAGACCGAGAAUUUGGUGAAAUUCAAAAUUGACGAAUUCAACUCAAAAGUCUCUGAUGAUUCCUCGUUUUCUAAAGAGUCUCACAUCAAACUAAAGACUUUUGGAAAGUAA